AGUGCAAGUGCUGGUCCACCAUCGAAUAGACAAGAUAAAUUGAGUGUCGAUGAAAAAUCUCGUCUACUUCCACGUAUUCGUGUGUCUGAUCUACGUGAACGUGGUAACGACGCGCAUUUGGAUCAUUCUCGUGGUCAAGAGAAAAUUAAUGAAAGUAACGAAAUGACAAUGGAAUCUUCAGGCGGUACUGAUCAUCUAUCUGUACGACGUAUGAAUACAUUUAGUAUGUCAGAUAAAGUACGUCCAACUGGUUCGGAAUCACAGUCACCGAAUUUGAAAUGUCCAUUAUCUAGAGCACCACCAAUGUCGAAUAUACCAAAUUCAUUAACUACGCCAACAACGAAUACUGCUGCUGCUACUACUAAUACUACUACUACUACAAAUAGUAGUAAUAGUAGUGAUAAUUCACCAAUUAAACAACAAUCGAUCGAUAAAUUUACUUCAUCCACAUUCUCUUCAUCAUUAUCAACAGCAACAUCACCGAAUAAACAGAAUACUAAUGCAACGCCAACACCAACACCAACUAAUGCGACAUUUUUCGAACAUCAGCCGAUUAAAUUGAAUAAAGCUGUUCCAUAUACUGAAGAGAAUCCGUAA